AUGGAGAGUUUAAUGACAAGAGCCUUAGGAAUGUUAUGGGACCUUAAAGAAGACUCAUUCAAGUUCUCAAUUGAGCUCAAGGAUAAUCCAUUCACCAGAAGAGGAUUGUUAUCAACUAUCUCAUCAUUAUAUGAUCCCCUUGGGUUGCUCUCUCCAAUCAUCUUACCAGCCAAGAAACUGUUACAAGAAUUGUGUCAAGUUGAGAGUCUAGACUGGGAUGAGAGGAUUCCAGAUGAGCCAGCUGAAAGGUGGCAACAUUGGAUACAAGGUCUUCAUUUACUGGAGCAGCUUUCAAUACCAAGAUGCUUCAAGUCAAGUGGUUUUGGUAAUGUGACAGGUUCAUGUCUUGUAUUAUUCAGCGAUGCAAGUACAGUUGGUUAUGGUGUUGCAGCAUAUCUUGUUCUGCACGAUGGAAACCAAGUUCAGUCAAAUCUUGUCAUGGGAAAAUCAAGAGUAUCUCCCAAAAAGGUGGUGACUAUACCUAGGUUAGAACUUACAGCUGCAACUGUGUCUGUCAAGGUUGCUCAACACAUCCUGAAGGAGUUGGAGUUUACUGUUGGCAAGGUAGUGUACUACACAGAUUCAACAACAGUCCUUCACUAUAUUCAUAGCAACACUAAAAGGUUCCCUGUUUUUGUAGCCAACAGAGUCAGGGUUAUAAGGGACUACUCCCAGCCUGAGCAAUGGAGAUAUGUAAACUCCAGUGAUAACCCUGCUGAUGUGGCAUCAAGAGGUAUUAGUGUACAUCAGUUUUUGCAGUAUGACGAAUGGUUUCAUGGCCCAUCAUUUAUUGCAUCUGAUUAUUUGCCUUCACAUGAGUUUGUGUGUGCAGAUUGUGUUGAUGGUAAGAGUGAACAUGUGUCUGCGGUCACAAUUUCUGAAGAACAUCAUGGGUUUACAAGAUUGAUUGAAUAUUUCUCUUCAUGGUCAAGGUUACAAAAGGCAGUUUCUGUAUUUCAACAACUAAAGUCAAUCCUUAGUGGUAAAAGGAAAGGUUGUGUAACCACUGAUGCGGAAAGGGCCAUCAUAAUGUAUGUUCAACGGGAGGUGUUUGGUGAUGAAGUGAAGGCUUUAUCAAGGGAAUUGUCAGUUGGCAAGAGUAGUCCAAUUUAUAAUCUUGAUCCCUUUCUUGAUUCUGAGGAUGGCUUAUUGAAGGUUGGAGGUAGGAUAAGAAGGUCUGACAUUCCACAGUCUGCCAAACAUCCCAUACUGUUACCAAAGAAGCAUCAUGUGACUACAUUGUUGAUACGACAUGAGCAUGAAUUAUUAGCUCAUUCAGGUAGAAAACAUGUCCUCUCAAAUCUAAGGCAGAAGUAUUGGAUCAUCAAUGCUAAUGCAACUGUCAGGAAUGUGUUAUUUCAUUGUGUUACUUGCAGGAAGUUGAAAGAACCAGCUUUGAGUCAAAAGAUGGCUGAUCUUCCAGCAGACAGAUUGGAACCUUCACCACCAUUCAGUAAUGUUGGUAUUGACCUCUUUGGACCCUAUUACAUCAAGGAAGGAAGAAAGGAGUUAAAGAGGUAUGGGGUGAUAUUUACCUGCUUGGUUAGUAGGUCAAUUCAUAUUGAAACUGCAAACACUUUACAAUCUGACUCUUUCAUAAAUGCUUUACGAAGAUUUGUUUCUUUGCGAAGAUUUGUUUCUCGAAGAGGUCAUCCCAAGGUUAUCAGAUGUGAUAAUGGAACCAACUUCCAUGGGGCUGAGAGAGAACUUAAGGCAGCUCUUGAUGAGAUGGAGGAAAAGAAGAUCGAGAAGUAUUUGUCGCAUCAUCAUAUUGAAUGGAAAUUCAAUCCACCUGCAGCAAGCCACAUGGGUGGUUGUUGGGAGCGCCAAGUCAGAACAGUUAGAAAGGUGUUGUCUGCACUGGUGAAGGAAUUUGGUGAAAGGCUAAAUGAUGAAAGUUUACGGACUCUGCUUUGUGAGGUUGAGAGCAACGUCAAUUCAAGACCGUUAACCACUGUAAGUGACAGCGUAGAUGACCUUGAGCCACUAACUCCAAACCAUUUGUUGAUUCCAAAAUCUUAUGUGAUCCCUCCCCCUGGCUUGUUUCAAAGGGAUGAUGUUUAUAUGAGGAGAAAGUGGAGAUGCGUUCAAUAUCUGACCAACCUGUUUUGGUCAAGAUUUAGAAAGGAGUAUUUGAGCACUUUACAGACUAGACAAAAGUGGAAUGAACCAAGAAGAAAUCUAAUCGUUGGCGAUGUGGUCUUGGUAAAGAGUGACAUUGAGCCAAGGAAUCAGUGGCCAAUGGGGCGAGUGAUGACAAAGGAACAAUUCGCAGUGCCAAGAUUAAGACACCUUCUUCGGUUAUGUCCACCUAUUCAGAAGCUAGUGUUAUUAGUUGAAGGCUAG